AUGAUGACUUUACCGACAGAUACAAAUGUACAAUCAUGUGCAAUAUAUGCUAAUAAAAAAUCAACGACAUAUUCACAUGAAUGUAAAAUAUGUGGAGCUUCGGCUCGUUACUUUUAUUUUGGUGUUCUGUCAUGUGAUUCAUGUAAAAUGUUUUUCAGACGAAAUGCUAAACUUGGACAAGAAGCAUUUCAAUGUCGUUUUGGUGGUCAAUGUCAAGUCAAUAUUUAUAAUCGCCAUGUAUGUUCUUCAUGUCGGUUAGCUAAAUGUUUUAAAAGUGGAAUGAAAAUUGAAAUGUUUCGUUUGUCAAAAUUAACAAGAAAAAAUAAAAUAAAUCAAACAAACGAAACAAAAACUAAACAAAUAUCACAAUAUGUAAUCAAUGUUAUCAGACAAAAUCAAAUACAGAAGUUGCCAACAUUAAAUCUUUUGCAAUCAGAUACAUCUUUAAUGACGAAUAGUCAAUGGACUCUUCUCUCAAAUGUAAUUCAUAGUUUUGAUGAAAGAAAAAUUAUGUUUAUUUCUCAAUGUAUAAUUAAACAAGACAAAACUUGUCAAUCUAUGAUAUUACUUGAUGAAACAUUAAUUAACGAAUUCUUUUCAUUACUUUUCGAAACAACAAACUUGUGUCUUUGUUCAAAUGGGGAUCUUAGCAGUUUAUCAUCAGAUGAUCGUUCACUAAUACUUCUUAAUAGCACUGAUUCUGUAUUAUGUUUAGGUGGAAUAUUUAUUUUGUAUCAAUCUCAAUUAAUUAAUUGUCCAUCUUUUUUAAAUAUUCUUCAUACAAAAUAUGGAGAACAAUGUCUUUCUCAUACGAUUCAUGGAACAAAAUUAAUAGAUUCUGAUAUUGUUCUGACUAAAAUAGCACUUGCAUUACUCCUUUUCUCGACAAAUAUUUGUCUAUUUUCUUCAAAUUCACAAGAAGAUCAUGUUGAUACACAUGCAAUCUUUCUUAUUCAAAAUACAUAUGCCGAAAUAACAUGGAAAUAUCUUCUAUAUAGAUAUGGUCAUGAUGGGGCUGUUUUGAAAUUUAUUAAUUUAAUUGAAUGUCUUCUUCUUGUUAUGCAAACACUGUUCCAUCUUCAAAAUGUUCAACAACAUGUUAAUGAUGUUCUUGCACUUAUUGAAAAUACUGAAUUGAAACUUCUUGUAGAUGAUAUCGAUCAGAUUGAUCAAAAACCAAUGAAUUAA